GCCAGUUAGUCUCGCACCGCCCGCCUGGCCCGUUCAAGAUGGCAACCAAGCGCGAUCUGAGGUGGCCACGGCGGUUGCUGUGGGGGUUGUGGCUGGCCCGGGGCGCUCCACAGAGCCCGGGUUCCGGCCUGGGCCUAGAAGGGAGGACUUAUUCCCAGGGCGACGGCCCAUACUCGCGCACGGCGCUCUAUGAACUGCUCGGCGUGCCCACCACAGCCACGCAGGCGCAAAUCAAGGCGGCCUACUACCGGCAGAGCUUCCUCUACCACCCGGACCGCAACUCGGGGAGCGCCGAGGCUGCCGAGCGCUUCACGCGCAUCUCCCAGGCCUACGUGGUGCUGGGCAGUGCCACCCUGCGUCGCAAGUAUGACCGCGGCCUGCUCAGCGACGAGGACCUGCGCGGACCUGGCGUGCGGCCCCCCAAGGCGCCGGUCCGCGACACCGGCUCGCCCCGCCCCCCGCCCCCUGCGUCUCAGGCCCACGGCCGCGGUCAGGCCACCGCGGGCGGCAACCGCACCAUGUUCGACUUUGACGCCUUCUACCAAGCUCACUACGGAGAACAGCUGGAGCGUGAACGGCGCCUCAGGGCCCGGCGAGAGGCCCUACGCAAACAGCAGGAGGACCGGGCCAAGAAGGGCUUCCACUGGGACGAUACCCGAGACGCGACCUUUGUCUUCCUUCUCCUCACGGUCUUCAUCAUCAUGGGCUUUCGUUUUUAAAAGGAGAGAGGAAGAAAGGGAGCAGCCCCCCGCCAGCCCCGAGAAAAUGGCCUUUCCGGUGUUCUUGAACCCUUUGCCUUCCAUAGUCUACCUCUGCGGGGGUCCGGAGAAACUGCUCUCCCCCUCCUGUUCCCCGCCCGCCCAGCUUAGCCGUCCACGUACGCUUCCCUCCCCUACGGUCCAGAAAAGAAGGCUUCUCGAUGCCCAAGAAAGAGGCCCCAAGAAGAAGAGUCCCAAAAGCCCGAGAGUGAAGGGUUUUCUGGAGUCCCUUGGGUGCCUGCUUCCAGAGGUUGCCUUCCCGAUGUCAGCUUCUGGAACACUUGCUCGGGCUUUAUUGUAAAGCUCGGAGCAAGAAUUGUCUGCUCCUGCCCCGCGCUUGUACCGUGGGGCUCCUGUGUAACCUUGAACCGUGCAAUGUGACCAAUUGUUGGCUGCCAAAAGAAAAAUUGUGGGGUUGUACGAACCUUGUCUUUCUGUGAGUUCCCCAGCCACAGGUGAGACCUGACGUAAGACUGUGAUCUUUGGAAACCUUGCCAUUCUUGUAUGAUCAGCCCCAGACCCCACUCCCUUUUCUGUUGAUGGCCUGUGGGAGUGGGAGAGCAAGGUCGUGGAGCAUAAGGAAUUGAGUGUUCCUGUGCCCACACUUACCUAAUGUGUAUGACCUUGGAGAAAUUGCUCUGUGGGCAUGACAGCAGAGGAACAAAUCAUUUGCUCUCUUGAGGCCUGUCACACUUUAUUAUCUACAGUUCUAAUGGGCUCAUUGAUUAAAACAUGAUGUGAUAGA